AUAGUGAAUCAAUUCGACUGCUGAAUGAAAUGAAACUGGCCUUUAUAUUUAUGUCCGUGCAGCUCAUGCUCCUGGCGACAUCCCUCAACGCCAGAAGAUGCAUUCGGCCCACUACGACAACCACUUCGACGCCAAAAACCACCGACGAUGAGCCAAGUGACGAGUCCUCUGACUCAUCGGGGGAAAUCACUAAUGCACCAUCGGAUCCAACGGGAGAGACUACUGGUUCAACACCGGAUCCAACGAGCAAGCCCACGGAUGCCCCAUCAGAUCCAACGGGGGAAACUACUGGCUCACCCUCGGAUCCAACGAUUGAACCCACAGAUGCACCAUCGGAUCCAACGGGGAAGCCCUCGGAUGCACCAUCGGAUCCACCGGGAGAGACUACUGGUCCUCCCUCCGAUGCAACGGAUAUGCCCACAGAUGCACCCUCAAAUCCAACAGGGAAACCCACGGAUGCACCAUCGGAUCCACCGGGAGAGACUACGAAUGCAGCCCCAGAUCCAUCCAGAGAAACUUCUGCUGCACCAUCGGAUCCAACGGAUGCAUCGGGUGUACCAGCUGAUACAACUCAGACAACAACCCCUCCACCCGCAAUAGAUUCCGACGCUGCGUGCCAGGCACAUCCGGGAGUGCAUUACUUACCAAAUCCCUACGAUUGCCAUAAGUACAUACAGUGCGAGGGGAAUGUGGGGCACAUACAUACGUGUCCAGCCGAUCUCUACUGGAACUCGAUUGCCCUGACCUGCGAUACGGUUUGCCAAUAAAGUAUUAUGAAUAGCA